AUGGACGAUCCAUGGGGCUCACCAUGGGCCGCGACAGAUUCAGACAGGGACUUGAAGCCGGGGUCUCCCGCCAAGUCCGACAUUGCCCCUCCACCACGCGCCUUCCUCUCCGCAUCAAACUCUCCCCGCAUCCCCGCCGUUUCAGAGCAGUCGCCAUGGGGAGGUGACGAUAAUGGAGCUGGGGAAUGGACAGCACCUUUGGAAACGCCGGCGCAUUCGAUAUGGGCUGGAGGUUGGGGCGGUUCGAAUCCAAACUUACUGGCCACACCACGAGAAGACCUGCUCAACAAGACUAGCCCGAUCGCAUUGCCGGGGAACAUUGCUACGCCAAAGCCAGUCAAUGGCUCCGCAUUCCGACAGCCGUCGCCGGACCCUUGGGGUAGCGGGUUCUCCUCCCGAAAACCUUCAUUUGAGGCUGCCUCCACCCCGCGUUUGGUUGUCGAAGUCGCCUCCCCUACUAUCGAAACGCCUAUUGCUACGUUCGGGGGGCUAGGGAUCGCGCAAGAAGAUACCGUAUGGGAUAGGUCGGAUGGGGCUAGUAUCAGCAAUCCCUCAAUCACCGUCGAGACCGACUCUCCCACGGCCGAGCCCGGAAACGUAAAGGGCGUGGAGGAACAAACUACACCUGUGGCAACCCGGGGUAGCGAUGUGCGGUUAAGCGUCGAGUCGACCGCGCUAAACCGCGGGUACCAGUCUCCCACACCGUCCAAUGACAACACCGAUCACGAAGAGGAACGACAGGACUCACCAAUUACGUCCAUUGACGAGGAGCCAAGGGGUCUGUCAGCGGGUUCGCGAAAGGCAUCUGGAAAGGUGCAAGAACUGGUCGUCAAGUUCGACGGUAUUGCCAGGGCAGCGAGCGAAGAACGCGACAUCGUUAUCCCGCCCUCCGAAACCAGCCCACCCAGCGCUGAGAAAAGAGAUGGUUUGCGCGAUGGCGCCGACUUUGGAGAGUUCGAGGAUACCAAUCCAGAUGAACUGCCUCCCCCGUCACGCUCGAAAGAACCAAGAGCUAGACUAAGUAUUGAAGAACCGAUCGAAGUUGGCGCACCGUCUGGUGAUCUUUCCUCGGGCCCAUCGGCAAUUGCCCAAUUUGGCCCCAUAGACUUCCGUGUGGAUUUCGGCUUGGUCGCCAAGUUGUUCAACGCCGCUCUAGAAGCCGCGUCCGAUGUCAAUGUGGAUCACGAGGUGCCAGACCAUGUCACUGACGAUAGCUUCACCGAGAUUUCGGAGCGGAAGACCUGGUAUCGCAUCUCCCGGCUGGGGUCCUCCCGGAGACAUAAUGCCGGAGACGACGACAGCUACAGGAGGAUCACCUGGGCAACAUCCACAGUUCACGAUGACACCACCAAAAUUGUCCGCCGGUGGAUGGAGGAGGAUUCUAUUGCUGGACGCGUGGCGCUUGGAGGUGGGAUAUCCAAAACGCAGAAGAACAUGUUUGGUUGGGAUUCCUCUGUCGAGCCUGUCACGCUGCAUGAUGUGUUCAGGAAGAAGAACGCGCACGCCAGAGCUUCUUCGGUUCAGCAACCUCCCAGAACAACUGCCCUUCCCUUGGGCCUAAUGGAUGGGUCCUCAAACAAGUCGCCGCAACGACCGACGCACCACGCCUCAAGUAGCGUCGGGCCGGGUGUGCCUUCGUUCGGGUGGAACACGACCUCACCCACGUCCACCACCCACACCCGCACUACCAGCACAAUAUCUGGGCCGCCCAAUUCGAUUCACACAGGCCCCGCGCCUCAAAUACCCCCUGCCGCUCAAGGACACAACGCAGUUGAGGAUGACGACAACGACGAUGAUGAAUGGGGCGAGAUGAUCUCCUCACCUGUUGCCCCCCAACCCAAAGCUACAACAGCCGGCUUAGCAACCCAGCGAACUGUCGUCAGCCCCACCUUGGAUGCAUCUGCGCUCGAGAAUAACCACACUGCUAUUGACACGCCCUCGGCCAAGGACACUGCACAAGACCCCUGGGGCGAACCCGACUUCACUGCCUUCGAGUCGGCUCCCGCCAAGCCGAGUUCCCAAGCCCAAGGAACGGCCGCCAUUCCCAAAAUUGUGGACCGUCCAGUUCUCUGUUCCGAUUCGGAAAACUCCGUGUCUGUUUCCUUGGGGCCGCCGGCUGAAACCCGUCCUCAAGGAUCUUCCUCACCUAUUGAGGUACAGAAGCCGUCAACUAGCGACUCGCAACAUGAGCACGAGAAAACGGCACAGCGGAUUACCGCCAAUCUUCCUGAUCUCUCGUACAUGCUACGUUGA